AUGUACAAGAUAGAGAGGAAGGAACCAGUAGGGUUGGAGGAGAAAGAAGGUGCAGUGGCCAUUGGAGAGGGGAAGGCACGGCAAGAAAGGGGUGUCAAGGCACGGGUACAUGUAUUUACAAGUCAAUUGACUUGGAAUACAAAUAUUCAAGGCCCGAGAAUGGCAGGAGCAGAAGGCAACGCAAUUGGGAUUGAUCUGGGGACAACGUACUCGUGUGCAAUGUGGGAGAACGACCAUGUGGAAAUCAUAGUGAAUGAUCAGGGUAACAGAACCACUCCAUCUUGUGUUGCCUUCACAGAGACUGAGCGAUUGAAUGCAGUUAUCCCUGCUUACUUCAAUGAUUCACAACGUCAGGCUACAAAAAAUGCUUGCAGCAUUGCUGGCCUAAAUGUGAUGCGUAUCAUCAACGAGCCAACUGCUGCAGCGAUUGCUUAUGGCAUUGACAGGAAGGCUGGUUGGUAUAGCAAGAGAAAUGUGAUGAUAUUUGAUUUAGGUGGUGGUACUUUAGAUGUUUCACUACUUACCAUAGGUGAUGGUUUGUUUCAAGUGAAGGCCACGGCUGGAGACACUCACCUUGGAGGAGAAGACUUAGAUAACAAAAUGGUGGAUUUUUGUGUUGAGCAAUUCAAGAAGAAGCAUAAUGUGGACGUGAGUGGGAACUCUAGAGCACUCAGGAGGUUAAGAAACGCAUGUGAGAAAGCAAAGAGCAGGCUUUCAUUUACUUCAGCCACUGACAUUGAAUCGACUAAAUCGAUCAGGCCAUGUAUAUUGGAUUUGCAGCAGUGUGAUCUUGUUGCUGCUUGUGUAGUUGUUUGCUGCUUGUCUGCUACCAUACAAAUACUUGAGGCUGCUACGGAUAUUCAGACAAAAGAGAUCAUUGAGCGUGGCAUUAAGAGAUAG